AAUCUUAAUUUUAAUAUUAUCAGAUAGUUUGUAAAAAUUUUCAAAAAUUUCUAACAAUAAAACGUAAUACCGACGAGCAUAACCAUAGGAAUUCAGAGACUUGAACGCAUGGACGCCUGCUAUGCAUCGAAGUCACCGUGCGCUCGCUGACCACGCGUUGAAGUCUUUGCGUAGAUUCGUCGCAUCUCGCGUGCCGGCAUCGAAAUCACCGCGCGGCCUGGUUAAACCCGCUCGUGUUCUCGCGUAAUGGUCGGCGCGACCGGUUCGCGCGUUUCAUUCAGAGAGACGUCGAUGUUGCAUCUAUUCACGUGUACGGCUACAAUACAUCAUAAGCUACCUGUUCGACGGAAGACCGGUCACUGGUCGGCUUUGCCCGCGUUUCAACAGUAAACAGAACCCACUUUUCUUUUAUUUACAUUCAGUUUACCUGCCACGAAUUCCUAUCAAUUUAUUAGAACACAAUUUUAUGAAUAAAAUUAAUUUUUUUUUUGAAUAUCAUUAGCUUCAAGUGUAUCGAUUAAAUCGAGAAAUAUAAUUUUUCAUACCAUUUAAUUCAAAGAAACACGAUGUUCUACAGGGUUUUCUAAUCGAUGAUAAAUGACAGUAUCGUCCGCGAGGACGCAUAUUUCACCGAUAAUAACUUGUCGCCAGUCGUUCAGAAGGAUGCGCGCAAUUACGGGUGACACGACCUACGACAGAAUCCGCUUGUAGACGUUUCCACCGAAAGCAACGCGUGAUGCAUCUUCUUGCGUUAUCUCCGACGCGUCUAAAUAAAACGAACGGUUUCGUUCGUUCGAAUGAUUUUCCUUUGCUGUCCCGGCGAUUCCUGGCAUUCCUGAUGUCGCGUUUCCGCGAGCUUUUCCACGAGUGCCAGGGGGACUUUACCGUUCGUCGCGUCGUGAUGAAUAGAUGAAAUUCCACUGUGGAAUGUGUUGAUAUACCAUUCCCUGAUAUUGCAUAAUGUAUACAUUUUUUGGAAUGAAAGGAGAUAGUAAAAUUUCAUGGCGAGUAACCGAAAAGUGUUCAGAACGAAUAAGGAAAGAAAAGUCGAGGUUAGCGGGCGAGAAGCGUCUAAAAACGCGGUCGUAAGCCACUUCCCUUCGAAAACGUAGUCGUUCCUCCUCCUACUUCUUCUUCAUCUUCUUCUUCUUCGCUUCGAUCCGCCCACGCGGUUGCGUGCAGCCACCCACGCCGGGUAACGUGCACGCGUAACGACCGCGACGACGAUUCUCACGGGAAGGCGUGCGUAUUCAAAUUAUAUCCGUUCGCGGUCCGCGCCGCUGUCACGAGCCCGAUCCCCUAAUUACUCCCUGCUAAACAUCGCCGUGGUACAUACGCUGUCCGCUCGACGCGGAAUAAUUCUCCACGCGAGCCACGCACAAGUUUAUAUAUCUCUUUGAAGAACUGAUCCCUCUCUAGGCAACUCGUAACCCACAGUGUUUUAUUCAAAGGAAGAUGGAGUCUUGUACAUAAGGAUUCAUUUCUAAUGCCUCUUCCUUUUUUGAAUAAUGUCUUUGCUAGACCAAGAUCGUUUCUUCUCUACUAAUGGUAAUUGAAGAAAUAAGCAGAAGUGGGUUUUUAGAAUUUUUCUUGAUAAACUUCAUUCCCUUUUUGGUAUAAUUAUCAGGGUUCUAUUUUGGAUAGAAGAGGAUGAAAAUUUGUAGUUUUUCGCGGUCAGACGGUCGUUUUAAAACACUGUGCGACGUAGCCCGAGGCUGUCCUCUCUCGCUGGCUGCCCAUUUUUCACGAGUCUCCCUCUCGCUUCGUCUCCUCCUCCUUCUUCCUUCCUCCUCUGUCUUCCUUCCCUUCGACUCGUUUUUUCCUCUUUUAAUUCCAUUCGUUGCUUUUUCUCUUUUUAAUCUCUCUCCCUUGGUGCACGGCCAAACAGGGCGACGCGAGAGGAAGGAAAGAGGGAGGAAAGGAGAUUUCUUCGUCCCGGUACGCUCAUUUUCUCCUCUACCUCUCGUUCCUUCUAUCGGUAGAGGAACUCACGCACUCUCUCCUCUCCUCUCAACCUUUUCUUCCCCUCUUCCACAGGUUCUCUGAGAGAGCAGCGCCAGCCGACUGGCCACCUCCCCCUCGCGCCAUCCCGAACUUCUCGCUCUUUCGAUCCGGAGUCCAUCUCCGCUCGUAACCGGCCGCCGCGGCGCGGCAGCGGCAGCAGCAGAAGCCAGCUACGGCAGCUUCGUUCUUCUUUCCCGUCUGCGUCUAUAUACUCUCUCUUCGUGGCAUCGAGCGCAACGGGGAAUCAAUAGCACGCACGUGUGUCUGUAGUUAUAUCGGUGCAACCUCUUCGUCCUCUUCCUUUUGGAUUUUCAUCCUCGCGCUCCUCUUCCAUCCGCCUCACGCUUCUUCCUCUGCAAAGUCUGUACUUUUUUGCCAGCCGUCGAACGAGCCUCGUAGAACGUCCACGAGUAAUCUUCUCCUCCUCCUCGUCCUCGUCUUCUUCCUCUUCUUCUUCUCGAGUCCUCGAUAAAAAGCUUGAUAAAAGAGGGAGAACGGUCGCGUCUCCGUUCCUCUGAUCGAUCGAGCGGAGAACAAAGACCAGGUGAAAGUCGAUGAAAAUGCCGGUGGAAUCUUUACUCCACGACGAAGCUAAUGGUUAUAGAAUCGUAUGGAAAGAGCGAACAUCCACACGUGGACCAAACUAUUUCGUUCACCUUGGCGGUUCGACCUUAGACUUGGUCGAAUGUCCACGGACGUCUCGCGAUAUCUGGAUAUCCUUCUCAAGGUGGGAACACGCGGGGAGAAACGCUCCGGGGAUCGAACGAGAGAGAGUCGAUUGUGGCGGGCUGGAAGAACGAGAGGGAGCCCGGAGAAUUACGAUAAUCUACGUACGCAGUGUCCUCCUCCUUCUUCUCCGUGCUGGACGGCAAACUCCUGGGGAUAUCCUUCUCAAGGUAGCGGGAUGGACGAGGAGAAGGCUCGGUUGAACGUAAAGCGAGGAAAGAGGACAGCGGGACGAAAGCAUAAGAUACGUGUGCGUGUACCAGCGUCCUCGUCUUUCGAACGGAUCGAAGGGCGAGGUAUCCUUGUCAAGGUAGCAGGUAGGACGAGGAACGAAGGAGGGACAAUGGUUGGGAAAGACAGAGACGGACCUGGAGACACGAUAAUGCCGGGUGGCCGAGAGCCCUGGCUGCUUGGCUGCCUGGCUGCCUCGUCGAUGACUCGAUGCUCUGUUUGUAUCCGUGCAGGUCGCCUAAGAGACGAUCGUCUCGUCUUCGUCGCACUUGAAUACCUGCUAACUCGCCCUCUCUUUGUCUACCGUUGGCUACCUGCGCGCCGGCUAUCCUGUCUCCUGGUCCCCUCUCCUCUCGUCUACCUUUCGCUACCCGCGUCCUCCUUUUCCUCGUCUCGCACCUGGACGAGACUAACCUGAGCCAAGAAACGGACGAAGACGGAGGGAUAGACGGAGACUGCGGAGAAAGCGAGAGGCGAGACGAUCCGAGGAGCCGCAGGCACUCUCCUCGCCACCUCUCCACCACGAGUCUUGGUACCUAUUGCUGGAUUCUCUGCCGGAGGAGUGGGAGUACGUCGAGAGAGUGCUACAGGUAGGUGAGCCGAAAGAGGGAGCGAGAGAGAAGGUAGGUGGAUGAAAGGAGAAAGAGGGUAAAUGGGGAGGCGUCGUAGGGUGGCCAGGUAAGCGAACGAAGAAAGGCACUCGGCUGAAGGGAGAUGCAGCGAGGAGAUUCGGGAGCGAGGGAGGCUGACACGUAGAAAGAGAGAAGAAGGUUCUGUUAAGAGGAGAAGGAAUAAAGAUAGGAAGAUUGCUCGUGUGUGUAUUUGUGUGUACGUCGGAGAGAAGAGAAGGGGGUCCGAGACACGGAGCCAAGAGCGGGAUGCUGGGAGGCGGCGGCGACGGCGGCCAUGUUGCCGUAUCCCGAGAGAAGAGAGAACGAUCCGAGAGAGCACCGUGAGGCUGCUUCGUUUGUUGCUUGCAGCGGCUGCCCAAACUUUGGGUGGUUUAAUUCUACCUGUUGGGCCGCACAGUUCGGGCUAGUGCAUCCGUUCCACCCUCGUUCGCUCGUCACCACGAGGUUACAGCAAAACGAGAACUCGAGCCGUGGCAUCGACGCGACGUCGGUCGAUCGGUCGCGCGUACUACACACGCUCGCGUUCGCCUUCGUCUUCGCGUACGCGUUCGCGAUACCCGGCUACUACGAUGUCGUCGCGUUGUUUGCUCGCGUCGUCGUCGUCCAGGUCGUCGUCGUCGUCGUUCUUAUCCUGGUGCUUCGCGUCGUCGUCCUCGUCCUCGUCAUCGUCGUCGUAGUCGCAGUCACAACUCGCGGUCUGCGCGAGCGUGCGCGUGUGCCUGAAGCCGGUGUACAAGUGUGAAUCGUGGACAGACGAUCCGGUUUGGAAAAACCGUUCCCGGGUAUCCUCGUGACUCGUCGAAGAGGGGUGUGCGCGAAAGGAACGAUAGCGCUGGUGACUGGUUUACCGGAACGCGACACACGGAAUGGACCAGAAACGAGGAUAAUGAGGUGCGUGAAGUGAAUUUUGUGAGUUUCACGGUGCUUUAUCUGUCUUCGAACACGACUAUUAGUAAGCCGAUCGUUAGGAAGAACGCGAUCGUGCGUCGAACUGUGUGCGUGCGUACGGUGGAACAGGGUGCCCUCUGGACAGGGUGCCCUACCAGGAACAGCAGUCUCGGACUCGAGGCAAACCGCGAAAUCCGCGCUCGCACGGCUCGGUCAAUCGCGAAGGUGGUGACACUAUCAUCCGUUGAGAUGUGAUCCGGAAUACAGGAGGGACGCUUAGUAGUUUGUAGUUGGCCCCCUCCCUCCCCCUCCACCCCACCACAUCAGCACCCUUGCGACUUACCACCCACCACAUUCUACCACCAUCUACCACCUUCCUCUACUGCUCGCCACGUAUACGACGCAUACAUGCGCUUCGCCGAUCGUCCAUCCAUCUUGGAGAAUAGCCUGUCGGAUGCACCUCAACAACAUCCUUUUCGCGACGACACGCUUCCUUUUGUACGUUCUGAAGCUAGCCCCAACAAUUCGUUUGAUUCGCAGGUCAUCCAACGACCGAUCCUCUUCUUCCCGUUAACGACGUGCCAUACAACGCUCAGCAGCCUGUGAUACGCAAAACCCUUUGACUAGAAUUCGUACGCGUAGACGUAGUACACGGUUAACAGACCGUUUAACCAGCAGAAUAAUCCUCGAUCGAAGAUCGUUCGAGGAAAGAAGGAGGAAGAUCGAGGAAGAUCGAGGAAAAGGGAGCAACAAACCACGCCACGAUACGACGAGGAAAGAGAAGUGGAAGACAGCGCGGGAGAAUGUCGACUUGCACCGACGAGGCCGACAACGGACCCCUGCACAUGCAGGAGGCUCUGUCCCCGGUACAAGAGGGGCCAGUGUCUCCGGCGUCCUCCUCCCUGAGCAACCAAAAUCAAAACGAGAAUGAACAGCAAGUGUUACUUGCCACGAUGCAGCCGGUGAACGUGUUGGACUUGCACGAACCAUCGGCGGUCCACUCUCUCCACCCUAAAUACCAUCAUCACCACCAUCGUCAUCAUCACCACCAUCACCAUCAUCAUCAUCAACAGCAACACAUCCAAGGAGACCCGGACGACGUGCAGCAACGUGGCGGCGACGACACGGACGGUAGAGUGACGCCUGGCGGGGAUGCAUCCGCUGCCAACUCGACGCUGGGCGUCGGAGAGCACAAAAUGAUCGAUCUGAUAUACAACGACGGUCAGAAGACCGUCAUGUACACCCACGACAAAGAGAUCAUCUACGAGAACGAAGCUGACAGGGUGCAGGUGGUCGAGUAUCCUCCACCGCCACCCUCGCCACCCUCGCCGACUACACCGUCUUCGGUCAGCAGAGCCGCGUUGCUACCCCCGAGCUGCGUCACCCCACGAUCCGGAUCGACCACCACCGCUCUACACCUGCACCACUAUCCUCAGCUUCAGCUCCAACACGAGGACGAUCUACCACCGGGUGUACGGCACGCUGUGAACGCCACUGUGCCGAAUUGUGGUGCCGCCACCACCACUACCACGGUGCUGGUGCUGUCGGAGUUGGUAGCCGCCGACCCUGCGGCAGGAGCCGCGGCUGCGCAACAACUCACCCUCACCGCCGCCGCCGCUGCUGCUUCUCUUCGUGCAGGGCAAGUUUUCUUUAAUGAUUUCACUCUAAGGGUGGCUUUCUGGUGGAGGGUUUUCUUAAGACUGCGUUCAUCGAGCGAGAUUUCAUAA